CGACAAUGUUGAAAUGGACAYGGAAGCAAGAGAUUUUUGGUUGAAGUAUUUGCCAGAAAACCGGGUUAUUGGAUGUGAAGCUGCGGACAACUUUUGGGAGGUAUGUGGAGGAUAAGUGUUUGGAUGUUUUUUCGUUUCAAUGAUCAGUUGCCRUUUGUUCUUGAAAAUUCGUUUGUUGCAUAUUCAUAAUGUUUUCUCAUCGCRUCAUUUUUUGUUCGUGACAUCAGAUGGGAGAUACCGGUCCAUGUGGUCCCUGCAGUGAAAUCCACUAUGACAGAAUUGGUAACCGUGAUGCAAGUGCUUUGGUAAAUGCAGAUGAUCCGGAUGUCAUGGAGAUUUGGAACAUUGUUUUCAUCCAGUACAAUAGAGACGAAAAGGGCCUUGCGCCAUUACCACAAAAACAUAUCGACACCGGCAUGGGUCUUGAACGAUUGGUUGCUAUCUUGCAAGACAAGUCUUCGAAUUAUGAUACGGACGUGUUUGGCCCUAUUUUUAAUGAACUGGAAAAAUAUUCAAAAGUAGGAUCAUACGAAGGAAAACUGGGUGAAGAAGAUGCGACUCUGAAAGAUACGGCAUAUCGUGCCAUUGCUGAUCACAUCCGAACGCUGUCAUUUGCAAUUGCGGAUGGCGCUGUGCCAAACAAUGAGGGAAGGGGAUACGUCUUGCGACGAAUUUUGCGACGUGCUACUCGAUACGGUCAACAGAUUUUGAAGGCCGAACCUGGUUUCUUUCAAAAGUUGAUCCCUGUUGUAGUCGAGACCUUCGGAGAGGCUUACCCUGAAUUGGUCAAAAAUCAAGCAACAAUCACCGAAAUUAUUGCCGAGGAAGAAGCUGCCUUCUCUACCAUGCUUGAUCGAGGAAUCAAGUUUUUCGGGGAGCUUGAGGAAGAACUGAAAGCUGACGGCAAGUCCGAAGUUCCUGGGAAGAAAGCAUUUUAUCUUUACGACACCCUUGGUUUCCCAAUUGACCUYACCGAACUCAUGGCCGAGGAAGCUGGUCUCACAUUGGAUUCGAAGGGAUUUGCCAAUGAGAUGGAAGAACAAAAGAAUCGAUCCAGGGCUGCACGCGCUGCUGCAAAGUCGGGUGGUGCACCUCAAUUGGAAUUAAUUGCCGAGCAGACUUCCUCGUUGGCGGACAACAAUGUACUCCCUACCGACGACGGAUUCAAGUACAAAUGGGAUGUAGAACUUCCAGCAACUGUAAUGUCCAUUUUCGGAGCUGAUGGUUUCUACAAAGAAGACRAAGCUGCCGARGCCGGUGACUUUGUUGGAAUCGUGCUCGAUAAAUCCAGUUUCUACGCCGAAGCCGGAGGACAAGAAGCCGAUAUUGGUGUGCUUAGACUAGUAGACGCCGAGGGAAAUUCCGUUGGUAGUUUUGAAGUCCGUGAUGUCCAAUCCUUUGGAGGAUAUCUCCUUCAUACCGGUGUUGUCACCGAAGGAAGCUUCCAAAGUGGGGCCCAUGUCGACUGCAGAGUUGAUUACGAACGAAGAAGACUCGUGACACCGAAUCACUCAAUGACUCAUGUCCUCAAUGCUGCACUUCGUGAAGUGUUGGGGGAUAAUGUGGAUCAAAGAGGAAGUCUCUGUAAUGACGAAAAGCUUCGAUUCGAUUUUACCAACAAAAAGGCUCURUCCGCAAAGCAACUCAAGAAGACUGAGGAAAUCUGUCAACAARUUGUCAGUGAUUCGUUGCCGGUUACUGCCACGACCAUGCCGCUUGCCGAAGCCCAGGCCAUCGAAGGAGUGCGUGCUGUCUUUGGUGAGGUUUAUCCAGAUCCUGUUCGAGUUGUUCAAGUGGGAGAUGAUUGCUCCAUCGAAUUUUGUGGUGGAACCCACGUUGCCAACACAGCAGAAGCGGAGGCUUUCGUUUUGGUAGAAGAGACUGCCGUGGCGAAGGGAAUCAGACGGAUCACUGCUGUCACACGGGAUACUGCAAAAGAAGCCAUCGAAGAGGGCAAGAAGAUCGAAUCUAUGGUUGUCGAACUAGAAGCUCUGGAUGACAAAACCGAGGGUCUAGACAAAAAGGCUGGUGCGGCACGAAAAGAUGUAGAUGCUGCAUUCAUUUCUGCCACACUAAAAGCAGACUUGCGAAAUAGAAUUGAAGGAGUUCAGAAGAAGGCCAACGAAGUGAAGAAAGCCGCACUCGCCGCACGUGUGGAUCUCGUGCUAAAGGACGUGAGAACGCAGGUUGAGGAUGCACUUUCCAAGGAUGCACGAACGCUCGUCCUUAAUGUCGACAUCAAUGCCGACUCGAAAGCAUCCCAGCAAGUUCUCAAUGCGGUCAAGAAAAUCGCGCCCGACAUGGCGUUCAUGGGACUGAGCGAAGAAGAAGAAGGAAGUGGUGGCAAACUCAUGGCGUUCGCGGUGGUGCCCGAAUCGCUCGUGGAUUGCGGUCUCAAAGCGGAUGAAUGGGUGAGGGGCACCCUGGAGGUAUGCGGAGGCAGAGGCGGUGGUCGGCCCGGUAACGCCCAGGGGCAGGCUCAGGAAUGCUCCGAUGUUGACGCCGUGGUCGCUGCGUCGGAGUCGUUCGCCGCAGGAAAGGUGACGAUUGAAGCAUAGAUUUGACAAUAGCUUUGAAUAAUAACGUCGCAACGCU